AUUCACAUUAAGGAGAUAAUCUUUGAAUAUGGCUCGUACGAAGCAAACUGCCCGCAAGUCCACUGGAGGAAAGGCUCCUCGUAAGCAGUUGGCGACGAAGGCAGCGCGCAAAAGUGCACCUGCAACCGGAGGAGUGAAGAAGCCUCAUCGUUACAGGCCUGGAACUGUUGCUCUGCGUGAAAUUCGUCGUUAUCAGAAGAGCACUGAGCUGCUUAUUCGUAAGCUGCCUUUCCAACGACUAGUUCGUGAAAUUGCUCAAGACUUCAAGACGGACCUCCGAUUCCAGAGCUCAGCGGUUAUGGCACUCCAGGAAGCCAGCGAGGCUUACCUCGUUGGCCUAUUUGAAGAUACCAACUUAUGCGCCAUUCACGCUAAGCGCGUUACCAUCAUGCCAAAAGACAUUCAACUAGCUCGCCGCAUUCGCGGAGAACGUGCGUAAAUAUCAACGCACUAUCUGUUGACUGGCGUUUAAAAAAUCGGUCCUUUUCAGGACCAACAAUCAUUAUUUCGAAGGAUAUGCUGCACGAGACACAUUUAAGUGGUUUACCCUUUUAACCCCGGGAAUAGGUGGGUGGGAUAUCCCAAGUCAAUGCUUUUCAAACAGGGAACAAAAUUGCUAGACCAUUCUCGGAU